UGUUGCUGGUGUUGUUGCUGGUGUUGUUGCUGGUGUUGUUGCUGGUGUUGUUGUGGUUGAUAAUAAGCAGCAGGUGCUGUUGGUGGCUGAUCAUCCGUUGUUCGCGCAUGGUCAACUUUAGGUCCAUCUUUGUCACGAAAAGAUCGGUCUUUUCUACUUCUCGAGUCGCGUUCUCUACUGGACUUUCUACUCCAUCUAUCACGACUCUUAUCUCUAUGUCUACUGUUAUAUCGACGAUCGUCUCCAUAAUUCCUCCGUUUUUCUCGAUGACUACUGCUGCUACGGUAUCGAUCGCGACUUCUGCUUCUGCCAUAGUGUUCGUCUCGACUUCGUUUUUCUUUUCGUUCUUGACUUUUGUCAACUGAUCUAUCUCUAGACCUUGAGUAUGUGCGAUCGUCCAUGAUAUAAGUCAAGAUAUAUAUAUAUAUAUCUAUAUAUGCAGGUCAAACAAAACAAGAAAAAAACAAGAAAAGAAAAAUGA